UCUCGUGCCUCAAUUUUAGAAUUGCCUGUCUAAUGUACGUCCUCAAGCCUUUACGUGAAGCAUAAUAUCGAAAAUGGAUGAAGUGAUGCAGGAUGCGCCGGGGUGGAUGGAAGCUGACAUGUAUGGGAACCCCCAGGAUUUCUCAGAAUAUUAUAGAGCUGUAAAUGCUCUCUGGAAGAGAUAUCGAGAGGAGGGCGGCCACGUUAUAAGGGGCUUUAGAGACUAUCGCGUGGAUCGGGAGGAGUGGGCGGAAGCUCCGUUUCCGAAACCAGGAGAAAUUAACCCUCGGGAUUAUAACAUAAAAAAGAAUUGGCAGCGGAUUCCAUACAAGACUGAGGCCUGGGAAAGUACAUGGCCACCGUUUGUGCUCCAAACAUCAGAUUUAUACGACGAGCCGUAUAGGAAUGAUAUAAGGGAAAGAUGUCGAGCUGGCCAAAGAUAUUUCGAGAGACGUCCUCGAAAUGAUCUUAAACUAGCAAAAGUACUAGGCUACGGUGGAAAUGGCAUAGCUUUAAAGUUCAGAAGCAUACGUCCACCUUACGAACUGGUAAUGAAGAUUGGUCGCAAGGGCUGGUUCAGCCCAGAGAUCCGUCGCGAAGAGCGGUCGUUAAAGGAAGUAGACCGCGCGGCCCAUUGCAUCCAGAUGGUUCCUCGGAACGAAGUAUUGCAAGCAGAAUACCAGGCCUAUGAAUAUAAUCCAAUAGAUCCGUUCGAUUCGAGCGACGAUGACGAGGAUGCUUCUUCUCUAAAGGACUCGGAGGUUGAAAUCCCGGACGAGGGCCGCGCCUUUCGGGGGUGGGAUGACACUCGGAGAUUCACUCAUGAAAACGACCCUGAAGAUGCGGCGGCGAAGCAUGAGUACCACAUACAAAGAAUCAGGGAACGAGAUGAACUGAUUGAUAACAUGAUUCGCAAUAGGGUUGGAAAUGACCCAGAAAAUCCAAUCUUCCGCCAUGAUUAUGUUAUCUUGGAGUUUGUGGAAAAUGGUGACCUAGCGCACCUCAUCCAAAGGAUCGAAAAUACCAAAAAUGACCAAACGAAGAGAGUCCCUAACCGUGUUCUUUGGUCCUUUUGGCUUUGCUUGGUUAAGGCGUGUAUUGCCUUAGAGUAUCCUCCGCGGUUAUUCCACCCUGGGCGACACGACAGACAUCCCCAGCGAACGCUAGAAGACGCGAUGAGGGAAAUGAAUUUAUCAGAUCCUGAGGGGGGGCCUGAGGAGUGGAAAGUUCUCGGAGGGGACCUCUUCGAGGAGAUCCCGGCCCUCGCUAAGCGUUAUGCUGCAAUGCGGUUGGUCCAUUUUGAUAUCGAUGCUAGAAAUAUCUUCAUCGGUGGCCUAGACGCACAUGCUACAGAUGGUGAGCAUGCUAUAAUUCCUAGACUGAAGCUCGCGGACUUUGGACGUAUGAGGAGAAUAAAACCUAACAAGGGAAAUCAAUACUACCUUCGACAUCGCUUCGCCGGGAAAUACGGACACUAUGCCCCUGAACAAUUCGGAAGCGAGUGGGAUUACCUAGACGUUAAAAACACGAUGGGUUGGGAAAUCUCGGAGCAAAGGGUAGCUGGAAAUUACGGAUCACCAAUGAAUGUAUGGGGAAUUGCCUUGACCUUAUGGACGCUCAUGACAACAUCUCGUCCGCCGAUUCCACCCCAGCAGAGCGCGGAUGAUCCCAUUCAUUAUGCAACAUUGAUCAUGGACGACCCUGAGUUAAGUUAUAUAGACCAAGACCUCCGGACUACAAUUACGCAAUGCAUGAGGCACUACCCCGAUGAGCGACCAACACUAGAGGCUCUACUGGCCCAGGCAAAGGAAGGUACACAACGGGGAUAUGCUGGUGAGACUGACGAUGUAAUCAAAGACUGGGUUAAAAGAUUGGUAUGUGAUAGAGCAGGUCGCAUUCUGGGCCCAGCCUUAACUUCUUAAGCACAUAUUUGCUAUUAACCUGGUCCCUUAGCUAACCU